CAUCUUUGUUGUUUACAUCCGCCUCGAACGAUUUUUGAGUAGGCAACCAUAGGGCGCGUUCGGAAAUUCACGCCCGUGCAGUUGUGUGUGUUCGAGGAGGCAGCACUUCACUCCCAUUAAUUUCCGAACGCAUAAAUGCAAGUAAAUUGGAGAGUCUGGGUCUCCCGGUUAAAGAUGGCGGCGUGAUCUUCACGUUCUGAACUGCCGAAAGACCGGACUAGUGGUUGUGCAUAUCUAUGGGUGCCAUUGCUGACCAAUCCGAAUUCCCACAUUUCUGGAAUGCAACAUUAACGACACCUUCUCCGUCUACUUUACGGCAAAUAGAAUAUGGCGGAGCCUGAAAAACCUUUUGACGAGCCGGAGCUCAUAAAGGAAUGGCAGGCGUCCGCCGAUCUAAAGCUGUCCCUGUAUGGCUACCUGAGGAAAUGUGUGCCUCGGAUCUUUUGUCACAAGGAGGAAUACAAGCCUCAGGAGGAAGAGGAGCAAAUGCAGAGACUCCUCCUCCAUCCACUAGAGUACUUCCUGUUUGGUGAAGAUCCCGAUGAAGGUGUCAAUAAGCUCAAGCAGGGCAGUUCGUCUUCCCAGCUCUGCGGACGCGUCUUCAAAGAAGGAGAAACUGUUUACUCUUGCAGGGAUUGUGCAAUAGAUCCCACAUGUGUGCUGUGCAUGGACUGCUUUCAAGAGAGCGUGCACAAAAGUCAUCGUUAUAAGAUGCAUGCUUCAUCUGGUGGCGGGUUCUGUGACUGUGGAGAUGUGGAAGCCUGGAAGAUUGGCCCGUAUUGCUCCAAACACGACCCGGAGGCAGCCACUGCCAUGGAAACGGAUGAGAGUACAUUGGAGCCAGAAUUGUGUGAGCGGAGUGAGAUGCUCUUCAGGGUGUUGCUGAACUACUUCACAGACUUCCUCGACUGGGCGGAAGACCGUCAGCUUUUAGCCCCACUCAAACCCGAGGAAAAAGACAACACAUACUUCUGUGUACUGUACAACGACGAGCACCAUUCAUACGACCAUGUGAUCUACACCCUGCAGCGGUCUGUCAACUGUGAUCAGGCUGAAGCGCAGAAUCACACGGCACUUAUUGACAAGGAGGGCCGGCGGACAGUAAAGAGAGGAAGUCUUGCGUCAUGUCAGCAUGCUAAAGACCUCAUCAAGUACAACUCGGAGCACAUUUCCCUGCAGCCGCUGCGUGUGGAAGUCCUGCAGUCGACCGUCGUGGCUCACCAAACAUUCGCCCUGCGUCUCGGCUCCUGGUUUCAGAAGAUCAUCAGUCAUUCGGUGGGCUUCAGACAGGCUUUCUGCAGAGUGGCAUUGGAGCCCAGUACAGAGCAGACCGGCCUCUGCUGCAUCAGUAGGCUCAUGUUGCUUGAUUCCAAACUGUACAAAGGAGCACGCAAGAUUGUACAUGAGCUGAUAUUCUGUAGCAUACUAAUGGAGACAGAAUCCAAGAGGCUAUAUGCAAUCGAGUUCACAAAGUUGUAUAAGGAUCUGCAGAAUAACUUCAUCGAAGAUGAUCAUGAAAGGAGUAUUUCUAUUACUGCGAUGUCUGUUCAGAUCUUCACUGUGCCCACGCUGGCAAGGUACCUAAUUGAAGAAACAAGCGUCAUCACAAGGAUAGUUAAUACAGUCAUGGCGCUGUUGCUGGAGCAUUUGGAUGUUAACAAUCGCUUCUUCUUCCUGGGAUACAACUCCGACAAGUUCUCCCGCAUCCAGGUCAUUUUCCAUGACCUCAGGUAUAUUCUGAUCAGUAAACCAUCCGUGUGGAAUUCUAAGCUUCGGAAACAGUUCUUAGAGGGCUUCAAUGCCUUUCUAGGUCUUCUCAAAUGCAUGCAGGGUAUGGAAGAGGUUGAGCGUCAAUUUGGUCAACACAUCGCUGUGGAGCCCGAGUGGGAAGCCGGCUUUACGCUUCAGAUCCAGCUCCGCCACAUUCUGGCUAUGUUUCAGGACUGGUGCUCCUCAGAUGAUACGAUUCUGCUGGAAGCCUUUAGAGAUUGCCACAAAGUCUUGCUCCAAUGCAACAAUCAACCAUUCCGCAGGGAAGCAGCUGACCACUACAUGUGCAAACAGAUCAUCCACGUUCGGCCCUAUAAAGUGUCUCAGGAGCCUGUCAGCAUACAUCUACCCCUCUCCAGGCUGCUUGCAGGCUUAUAUGUUCUUAACUGCAAGAACGGGUUAUGUGAUCAACUCUUUGACAAAGAUAGCUCUGACUUUUGCAGCCUGGCUGAGCUUCCUCUGCGUUGUGUAGUGCUGGCUGCACAGGUAUCAGCUGAAAUGUGGCGCAGGAAUGGACUGUCUUUGGUCAGCCAGGUUUACUAUUAUCAAGAUGUGAAAUGCAGAGACGAAAUGUAUGAUAAAGACAUCCUUAUGCUUCAGAUAGCUGCUUCCAAAAUGGACGCCAACCAUUUUCUCAUGCUGCUCUUACUAAGAUUUGAGCUCUUUAAUUUCUUCAAUGGAAGUUGUUCCAGCAGAGAUCAUAAUGAAUUGUUGCAGUGGAAUCAACUGACGGAAGAGAUGCUGUAUCUCCUCAUCAUCAUAGUUGGUGAGCGAUACGUCCCCGGUGUCAGUAACGUGACCAAAGAGGACGUGACAAUGAGGGAGGUCAUCCACCUGCUGUGCAUUGAACCCAUGGCACACAGUGGCCUGGUCAAAGGCCUGCCGGAGAAUGAAAGCCACGAAACAGGUCUCGAGUCUGUAAUCAACAAAGUUGCCACAUUCAAGAAACCAGGACUUUCAGGACAUGGAUUGUAUGAGGUGAAAAGGGAGUAUUUGGUCCAAUUCAACCCAUUCUUCUACCAUUAUUCAAGGUCACAGCACAGCAAGGCUGAAGAGUCACAAAAGAAGAGACGUGUUCGCGAGGGCGCCGAUAAAGGUGACCGUGUGUCACCUGCACAAGCUCUCUCGCCUAUUAUUUGUACUGAAGGUUGCCUUUCUGUCUGUUUGUGCUCAGCUCUGCAUCCUCCAGUUCCGCCUCCCUUCUGUCCGGCCUUCUCCAGUGUCGUACGCCUCCUCUGCUGUGACAUUUUCAUCCACAUCCUCAGACGUGUGCUGCAGAGGGCAGCUGAGGAAAAAUCCACUCACUGGACGGAAAUCAUGAUCCAGCGGGCCCUGCACCUUAUUGGGCAGGCUUUGCUUGAAGAAAAAAGCCAGCUGGAGGACAGCGCUUCAGAGGAAGUGACCUUUGAUUUCAGCCUGAAGGCUCGAAGAGUCGGAUUGGAACACAGCAAGUCUCUCUUUCUCUUGCUCGGAAAAAUUAAGGGCGUUCGCUCGCUUGAAGCCCAAAAAGACAUGAUCACGUGGUUACUACAGAUGUUUGAGAUUAUCAAGUGCCUCAGAGACAAAUCCAAUCCAACAACUUCCAUGAGUGUGGAAACGAGCAAGCCUGAAGAGACUGUUCAGGACAAAGAAAAAGCUGAGCGCAAAAGAAAGGCCGAAGCAGCCAAACUUCACCGACAGAAAAUUAUGGCCCAGAUGUCAGCCAUGCAGAAAAAUUUCAUUGAGUCCAACAAGAUGCUUUAUGACAACAUGCCAGAGAGCGGCACACAGGGAGAGCCUUUUACACCGACAGAAAGUCCAAUGGAACACAAGGAGCUGUGCGUCGCCGUGGGGCCUCAUCGAGGGUCCACCCCCACAGAGAGGGAGGUGCUGACCUGCAUUCUCUGUCAGGAGGAGCAGGAAGUGGCAUCCCGGGCUCCAGCCAUGGUACUGACUGCGUGUGUGCAGAGAUCCACAGUGUUGACGCAGUGUAGAGGAAAGAUGCCCACCAACAGUGGCGACGAAACAGAAACUGUCUACCCAUUGUACAUGCCUCCUGAACUGGCUGUUGGCACCCACACGGGCAGCUGUGGACACGUCAUGCACGCCACAUGUUGGCAGAAAUAUUUUGAAGCGGUCCAGAACACAACCAGGAACCGCCUCCAUGCUGAACUAAUUAUCGACCUUGAGAAUGGGGAGUACUUGUGUCCUCUGUGCAAGUCGCUAUGCAACACCGUUAUCCCCCUCGUCCCCCUGGAGCCACUCGUAUUCAACUAUGAAAAUGCGGAGAUAAUCGGUCAACAUUUGACCCUGACUCGCUGGCUCCAUAUUCUUGAGGCUAGGAUUAAAGGACUCAAGUCCAUCCUGCAGGAAAAUGAUUGCGACAUGGAAUGCACUAAUGACAGCGAUGCCGUGUUGUGUGGCGAUGGUCAACCGGAUUUUCGGGCCAUAUUGAGUUAUGGCGUACAAGAACCGAGGAAGUUCUCAGACAGUAUAGCCGAGAUGCUGGCUGUGUGCGCCACCACGGUCCAUAGAGUCGGACUUCAGACGGCACCUAAUGAGCUGUGCCCACGUGUGCCCCUUAUGGCCUGGAACACGUGUGCCUUCACUAUUCAGGCGAUUGAGAAUAUAUUGCUGGAAGAGGACAAGCCACUCUUUGGAUCUUUACAAAAUAGACAGCUGGCUGGCCUGAAGGCGAUUGUUCAGUUUUCUGCAACACAGAGAAUUAAAAGCUCCCAGACUGUCAUCCAAAACCAUUUUGCUGAUAUUUUUGCAGUUCUGCAUCCGGUCACGAGCAGAAAGAACACACCUUCUAUUCUGGAAGUCGACUUCUUCCAUCUUCUGGUGGGUUUAGUGUUGUCUUUGCCCUCACUGUACCAAGAGGAAGCUGUAGACUUGCAGCCCUCUGCUGUCAGCUCAGCCUACAACCACCUACACAUCCUGCAUCUGGUCACAAUGGCUCACGUCCUGCAGGUGCUCCUUCUCACAAGAGACCUCCCUGUAGUGGUUGGUGACGAGGAAACAGAGGAGGCGAAAGCAGCGGCCGAACUACACGCCGUUGUAUCACAACACACCGGAAGACUGCUUCCUGAUGUGUGUGGCAGCUUUGUGGCCGAAAGAGUGAAGGCGGGAAUCAAGUCUUUUCUCCGCUGUACUGCUCUCUUUUUCAGCUGUCUCACAGGGGUUCGUCCUCCGGAGGAGCUUUUUUGUGCUUCUGUUUCUUCUCAAAGUCAAAUGGAGGCAGUCUGCAGCUACUUGGCACUGCCCUCAAAUGUCUUCCAGCUCUUCCAGGAACACAGAGACACUGUGGCGCCACUGCUGCAUAGGUGGUGCACCAGCCCAGCAAUAACCAAAAGUCUGAGAGGCAAAACUCAAACAGUCAGAUACCCGAGGAGGAGAAAUCAACUGAUCGACCUCCCAGACGACUACAGCGCUCUGCUCAAUCAAGCCAGCCAUUUUCAAUGUCCCAAGUCGGCAGAUGACGAGAGGAAGCAUCCUACUUUGUGCCUAUUCUGUGGCGCUAUGCUGUGCUCUCAGAGCUCCUGCUGCCUCAGUCAGCUGGAUGGAGAAGAUGUGGGCGCCUGCACUGCGCAUGCGGCCACCUGUGGCGCAGGAGUGGGCAUGUUCCUCAGGAUAAGAGAGUGUGAAAUUGUACUGAUGGCCAGUAAAACCAGAGGAAGCACAUAUCCAGCUCCCUAUUUGGAUGACUACGGCGAGACUGAUCCUCAUCUCGGGAGGGGCAAUCCACUACACCUUUGUCCGGAGCGUUACAGGAAAUUGAAGCAGAUGUGGCAGCAGCAUUGCAUACUGGAGGAGAUCGCUCGCAGUCUGGAGCUGGUCAACCAGUUGUUUGCUUUUGAUUGGCAAAUGUUGUGAUGUUGGAGCCAGUUGGUCAGAGCAGAGCAAAGCCAUCAGAGCUGACUCCCCAACUCCCACCCCCGAUGUGCGUAUAUGUCUUGCGCACGCGCAUUAGACGCUUCCUUGGAAGCCCCGGCCUCCUGCUGGAGCUCAGAGAGAGAUUAGAGAGAGAAAGCACCAGACAAAGAAGAAAAGGACAGAAAGAAGACAAAAAAUGAAGGGUGUGUGGUCGGAGAACAGAGCGCAUUAGCCUUGUUUUAAUUUGUCAUCGCUGAGAAUGCAAAUACCCUCCUGUCGAUAGAGACUCAGACAGAACAUUAGAUCCACACACCAUCACCAUCACGUUGCGAUGUCAGUUAAAUAAUGUUUGGAAUAUCUCAAUAGCGUAGCAUCUGACAAGAAAACUACCUGAUUUCCUUAUCUUUUUUUUUUUUUCCUUCCAAAUUUUAACUACGGUUCUCUGGAGAUUCACGAUUACAAAUCAUUUAUCAAGUCAAACUUACAGUGCAUGUAAGAAGUAUUGACAGCGCUUCACUUUUCCCACUUUGUAUGUUACAACUUAAUCCCAAAUAGAAUUUUUUUGUCCUCAAAAUUACACACACGACAUACCAUGACGUUUUUUUGCUAAUUUAUUCAAAUUGAAAAUUAAAAGUAUUGAUGUACAUUUGAUUUAGUUUUUAAUUUUUUUAAAUACAUUUGCAAAAAAACAUUUUAAAAACUUUUUACAUUAUGAAGGAGUAUUGUCUGUUGACUUUCCAUGAGGAAAAAAUGAAUCGAUUAAAUUUUAGAAUGAGUCCGUAACACAAGUAUAAGUGAAGCACUGUGAAUAUUAUUUGAUGCAUUGUUGACACAAUAAUGUCUGAAUGUAAUCCUCCCCUGAUUAACAAAGCCACUUUUUAACACUGCUUCGAGCAAACAAAAAUGAUUUCAGUUUAUUGGAACACUCAUUUAUUGUAUGUUCCCCUUUGGAAAAAGGGGGUUUAAUGUUUGUGCUGUUUGAUAGCACAACAUAGUAAUAAAAUCACAAGUCUAUCUAA